AUGUGCUCCGCUGACAUUUUCCUCGGCGUCCUCGCCAUUCUCUUUCCUCCCCUGCCCGUCUGGGUCAAGUGCGGCAUCUGCAGCGCCGACUCGCUCAUCAACAUCCUCCUGUGCGUGCUCGGCUACAUCCCCGGCCUGCUGCACGCCUGGUACAUCAUCGCCAAGUUCCCCGAGCCGCCCUACGAGUACGAGGCGCUGAACCAUGGCGGCGAGGGCGGCUGCGGCCGCGUCACCUACGUCUACGUCCAACCGCCGCAGCACGGCCACGCCCAGCACCAGCCCCAGCAGCAAGGCGGCAUGAACUACGGCGGCACCGGCCACGGCAACAAUGCCUCGCAGCAGCAGCAGCAGCAGCACGGCGUGACGACGGAUAAUGGCGCGGGUCGCUCGGACGGCCAGGUGCCUCCGACGUAUGCGGCGGCGGUUGCGGGGGACCACAAGGUGCAGUCGCACGAUUAA